CCCUUGUCAAAGCUAUUUCUUCUUCUUCUUCUUCUUUUCCCAACUCAAUCUCUCAUCAUUCACAAACAAAAAUGGCAAAAGAUAGAACUAUUGGCGUGGCUUUGGAUUUCUCCAAGAGCAGCAAGAAUGCUCUGAAAUGGGCACUUGAGAAUUUAGCUGAUAAAGGUGACAACAUUUACAUCAUUCACAUCAGCCAUGAUUCUCUUGAUGAAGCUCGUAAUCAGUUAUGGGCCAAAGAUGGUUCUCCUCUUAUUCCGCUGAAAGAGUUCAGAGAACCAGAGAUAAUGAAGAAGUAUGGUGUUCAGAUUGAUAUUGAGGUUCUUGAUUUGCUUGACACUUUUUCAAGACAAAAAGAGGUGAAUGUUGUUACAAAAGUGUACUGGGGUGAUGCAAGAGAGAAACUUAUGGAUGCUGUUGAAGAUCUGAAGUUGGAUUCUCUUGUUAUGGGUAGCAGGGGUCUCAGCACAAUUCAAAGGAUAUUACUGGGAAGUGUAAGCAACUUUGUGAUGACCAAUGCUCCUUGCCCUGUGACUAUUGUGAAGGAUAAUUGCAGCAGCAGCAGCAAGUAAAGAUGAAUAGCAUUUAAAUUUGGAAUGAUAUCUGUUUCUUGCAUUGUAUUUGAGCUCUAGUUUGUCAAACUUCUGUUUCUUCAUUUGAGAUUAUAAAUUAUGACUAUUUUGGUUAACUUUAUUGAAGAAAUAAAUAAUGAUGUAAUUUGAGAGCAUUAUAGUACUCCAAAAUUUAUUAGUUUCACAUGCUCUGUACAACCAGACACAUAAAUUUUUAUUCAUAUUGUGCCAUAAAUUAUUUAAGGAAUUUUCUGUUAUCGUUGUA